AUGCCUUCAUCCUAUCCUACCAUCCAAUCCUUCUACCAACCCGAACUCCCAGCCUCAACCUCAAUCCCAGAACCAACAUCGUCACAACCCUCCCCACCAGGCGACGGCUUCACCGAAUCCGAACUCCUCGCCGCUCAAGACCCCUUAACACGCCCAUGGAAUCCCACGCGCGAGUACACCCAACUCACUAUCUCCUCCCUCGUCCCCGGUCCACUCCCGGUAACAUUCAACGGACGAAUCGUAAAUCUAAGCACCAUCCGCGGGACAUCGCAGAAGGAGAAAUCAGCCGCAGGAUGGCAUUAUCUGCUGAUCAAAGAUGAUAGCAGUGUCAUCUCUGUCAAACUAUACUUCGCCCAAACCCCAUACACUCUAACCCUCGGCCUCCUCCUCACAAUCUGGACGUCCUUCAUCAGCGAACCUUCCAAGAAUCCCACACACAACACUCCAGGCGUAUCCCUCUACGCAAACAUCUUCCCCGGCCGCGUCACCUCUGAUCACAUCCUCAUCCACACCAGCGAAUCCAGCCCUUCUAUCUGUCGUGCGCCUCUCAACUAUGUCAAAUCACAAUCGUUGACGGGACUUAUGACACUAGCUUCCUACCUCGCUGGUGGCCAUGACGGGGUUUCUGGUGUGAAGAUUCUGGUUUGCGUCAAGAGCAUCGGGGCAGAGAAGAAAUUAGCACGAAAACAAGGCGGCGAGAACAUCUUACGCGACAUCACACUCUUCGACCAUACAGCCGAAAUCCGCCUCACGAUAUGGAACGAGCUCCUCCCCUCCAUCAAAUCAUGGAAACCCAAUCAUACCAUUCUCCUCCUCUCCAACCCUGGUUUCAGGGUCACGCCGGCGGGGAAAGGGAGUCUAGGUCUCACGAAAGCGACGAUGGUGGAGAUUGAUCCUGAGUUCGCGGAUGCGGGGUGGUUGAGAGAUUAUGCCGGGCGUGUGAGGCAAAAGGAGAGUCUGUGUUUGGGGUUUCCGGAGGGAGUGUGGGAUGUUGAGGCUGCGGAAGGGGGGGUUAAUCGGAUGUUUUUUACGGUUGGGGAGUUGGAUGUUUGGGUAAGAGCGAAUCCCGAACAGACGUUCACGGGGUUUGUUAGUGUUGUGAUUGUGGAGAUGGAUCUUGUUAGGCUGUGGAGGAGGAAUAUGGUCAUGUAUGGGGAGUGCUGCGGAAUCCAACUUUUCUCAAACACACCCCAAACACCCUGUCCCACCUGCAAAACCACCAUCAACCUAGUCCUCAACCCGAAAAUCAUAGGUCCACAUCCCAUGAUAGACGAAACUGGCUCUAUAGAUUCCUCGAAACUGUUGUGGUCGCCUCGUGCCUUCCAAACCCUCCUCAACACAUCCCUUGAAACCCUCGCCACGCUCACACUCCCCCACAUCCAAGCCAUCCAAGACCGCCUCCUCGGCCUCCGCAUCCAUCUCGUGAUCGGCUGGGCAGGCACCAACUCCGAAGCCGCAAUAGGGAGAUCAGCCGUCCUAAACGUGAUGUAUUAA